ACUAUAACAGCAUUUAGGUGUGUUUUCUAUUUGGAGUACUGGAUGUUCUGUAACCAAAUCCCCCAAACCACACGGUCCACACUGCGCAUGCGCGUCACACCGCCCUCGGGAUCUGCGCCCAUUAUUAUCGGUGGCUUUGGGAAUUUCCCAGGAAAUCCCCUACAGUGCAGACAGCCUGAUUAGAUUCCCCACCUGUUUUCAUAUAACCACGCCCCCUGAGUUGCGAUUGGCUGCGCUUGCUGUCAAUAAGAACGAUUCCCGUUCAGUGUGUGAGAGAAGGCGAGGCUGUGUUAGCCAAUCACAGGAGUCGAGGCGGGAUUUGUCGCAAUGCGAGUAGGGAAAAAAGAAAGCAAAGCCAGCUAAAGGUAAAUUGGGCUUUUCUGGAGAAAGAACGGAGUGGGCCGCGAGCUGUCCGGUUUCUCCGGGUGUAAAUUCGCGUUUCGGGGUUUGGAAACUGAUCCGGACAUGGAGGGUGGAGCUGUAAGGCAAACCGGAGAUGAUUUGAGCAGCCAGAGCUAAGUUUCAACUUGGCCAAAUUAGCUAGCUGGAGCUAGCUGCCGUGAGACGGUAGACUAUAGCUGGUUCCGAUAAAAAAAAAAAAAAAAAAUAGAAAGAAAACCAAAACCGUGAUCCGUAAAUGGAGUGGAUUCAUCAGGAUCUAUCGCAAAAUCUUAAAAGUGAUCCUGGGAAGCGGAACCCCGGAUUCGGGACUGGAACCAAAUAUGUUUCCGCCGGUUCGGGUUCGGAUAAGGUAACGGAGGACUGGUGCGACAGUGGCCUGGAUUCUCUCAUCAGCGCCGAGUUCAUCAGCAUCGACGCCUCCGACCCAGUCCAGAUCACCGCCGAACAUUCAGACCCUCCGGAUCCGUGGAGCGCAGUCCGCUGCAGUGUGAGUCCGGACGGGACCGAGACCGAGAGGUUGGACUCCGCUAUCGGGGAUUCGAUCAACGAUGAGACGGUGAGCAGUCUGUCCGAGCGCAUCGGUACAGUGGUCCUGAGCGAACCGGCCCACCAACCGGGGCCAGAAGUGCAGGAUCUGCGGAAAGAGGAGAUCUUUAACACGCUCAGCUUCAUAUCGGAGGACGGAGACACGGUUCUGCACCUGACACUCAUCCAUGAGAAGUGGGAGCUUUUUCAUCAGCUGCUGGAGCUCAUCACCCUCAACCCCACCUGGACUCCUUACCUGGACAUCCAGAAUGAUCUGGGACAGACGGCGUUGCACUUGGCUGUGAUUGUGGGCAGCAGUGAGUGUGUGUGUGCGCUGCUGAGAGCUGGAGCGAGUGUGGAGCUGCAGGAGAGAGGAGGAAACACUGCGCUGCACCUGGCCGUGUGUGAGCUGCACAGCGAGUGUGUGAGAGUGCUGACCAAGAGAUGCACUCAACCCCAACACCUCAACAUCUACAACUACACAGGAGUAAGCGCUCUCCACAUGGCAGUACAGAAGGGGAGUUGUGACAUCAUCAGCCUGCUGCUGGAGGCCGGAGCCGACGUGAACCAGAUGGAUCAGGGUUCGGGCCGCUCGCCGCUGCACUGGGCCGUGGAGAAUCAGAGUCGCUCGGCGGCGGAGCUGCUGCUUCGGUAUGGUGCGAUCGUGGACCAGCGCUCGUACUCGGGUUACACUCCGCUCUACUGCGCCCUCUACAGACCCGAUGCACGUCUACGUGAGCUGCUCCGGAGCGCCGGGGCCUCUGACCUUCACGACGAGGAGGAGGAAGAUGAUGAUGAUGAAGAGGAGGAAGAACAGGAGAAAGAGAGUGAUGAGGAGGAGUUUGAUGAUGUCAUCAUCAAUGGACAGCGAGUGCUGUAGCCGUGUUGUAUGCAACUGGGCCGACUAGCACCGAUCAGCUGAAAGUGUGCGUGUGUGUGUGUGUGUGUGUGUGUGUGAUUAGCGGUACAGGCCUGUCCUUGCUAUGCUGUACAGUUGGAAGCUUGCUAUUCAGUUUGUGGAGCAGGAAGACGUUCUGAAGCUCAGGACUGUGUGAGGAGCCGGUUUUUGUUUUUAAGCUGACCUCGAGGCAGAGGGAGAGGUAAAGAGAGUCUCGGCUACUUCAUGCUCUCUCUCUGUCACUCUGUGUGUGCGCGUGUGUGCGCGUGUGUGUGCGCGUGUGCGCGCGUGUUAUGUGAGUCACGUGUUGGGACAACAAACAUGAGGUUCACGUGAGGCUGCUGAGGAGUACGGCAAGAUUACAGAAUGAUCUUGUCUUUCUCUCUCUCUCUCUCACACACACACACACACACACACACCUCAACAGCACAGUAUGGAUCAGUAAUAGAUUAUUUGUGCACCCGAAAAGAAAAUUCAUGACUGAGGAAAAAAAAAAAUUGAGAUCUAAACCCUGGCAAAUAUGUAACUUUAUUAAUAUUCUUUUCUCUUUUUACUUCUUCUUCUUAUUUUAUUAUUACUGUAAUUAAUGAAUCAAUUAAGGCCUUCACUACUACUAGACUUUUUUCAAAACCUAAUAAUAAAAAAUAAAAAAAAAGAAUUCUUUUUUGAUAGAUUACUUUUACAAUCAUUUAAAAAAUGUAUUUGGUUUAAAACAGACAAGUUUGUCUCCAGAAAUUCACUGAUUUAUUUUUAAAUAAUAAUAAUAAUAAUAAUAAUAAUAAACAACUAUAAAAUGCAUUUUUUUUUAUUAUGGAUAUUUUUUAAUAGUUACCCCCCCAAAAAAAAAAAAAAAAAUAUAUAUAUAUAUAUAUAAGAAUUCAGCAUUUGUAUUUUUACAUUUUUUGAUUAUAUUGAUCAUUGUGAAAAUGGAACUUCUUUGAUGGGAAAUAAUUUGAAUGUGUCCCUCUGUCUGACUUUUCACUUCACGCCACAUCUCCUAUCCGACUCUGAGUCUGGGGUAUGAUGCAGCUAAGACUCAACAAUUUCUUUUUAUUUUAUUUCUUUUUUUACUGCAGUACACAAACCCCUAGGUUUCCAGUGAUUGAAUUAGUGUGUGUGUGUGUGUGAUUUGUGGCUGAGUUUUGAGCUGUAAUGAUAAAGAACUUUACACAAAAGGUGAUUAUUACAUCAUCAAUUCAUUUGUGGUAGAAAAGCGUCAAGGUUCUGUUGUGUAACGUCAAACCGAGCUUCUAACGAUCGGGCUGUUUUGCACGAUGGGAAAUUUAGCAAAAGUAGCAGCGUUUCUGCUUCAGCUUGAUCGAUGUAAAGACGAAUAUAAUGUGCACGUGGAAUUUAUAUAUAAUGAUAUUUAUAGUGUUCGUGUCGCAGCUUCGAUGGUGAACGUGUCAGAUUUCUAUUUUUUUUUUUUUUUUGAUGUAGCUGUAUUUUUUUCUGGUGGGGAAGAAAAAUAAAUGUAGAGAAAAAAAAAAGACAAAAGAUUGCAAAGAGAAUUUAUUUUCCAUAGCGGUAGAAAAUGAUCAGAGGUUACAGACAGGACGGCAUUUUUACGAGCCGUUCAUCUGUAAAUUAUUUCCAAAUGUUUUUGUAGCUACGGAAUUGUGAAAGGUCCAUUCUGAUUUCCUUUUAGCGGAAUUUUUUACUGUAAGAUUUUUCUGCCCCCACAAAACACCUCAACCCUAAUCUGUAAAAUAGUCCUGCCCCCACAAAACAACCCCACCCUGAAACAACUCCAGCUCCAGAACUACUCCUCCCUGACAAAACAACUCCAGCCCUACCCUAAAACAAUCCGCCUUCUCAAAACACCUCCACCCCUACCCUUACAGUAAACCCCCCAAAACACCUCCACCCCUACCCUGUACAAUAAACCCCCCAAAACACCUCCACCCCUACCCUUUACAGUAAACCCCCAAAACACCUCCACCCCUACCCUGUACAAUAAACCCCCAAAACACCUCCACCCCUACCCUUUACAGUAAACCCCCAAAACACCUCACCCCACCCUGCCCAGUAAACCCCCUAAAACACCUCCACCCCUACCCUGUACAAUAAACCCGCCCCAAAACACCUCCACUUCUGCCCUACAACUAAAACAACUUCACUUACCAAAAACUACUCCAUCACUACCCCAAAAUAUUUAAAUUUUUUUUCAGGUUGUAGUUUAAAAUAAACCGUGUAGACCCUGUCUUUAUGAGAAAUAUACCGAAUUAUUAUCGUUUGCCAGAAAAUAACUUAAUGUGAUGCCAUAUUUUGUUGUAGCAAAUUGAACAAAAACACAAAACGAGACACUAAAUGAUGAGCUUUGUUGCGUUGCAGCAUGGCUGUUCUGAGCUCUGCAAAACGAAUGGGAAAAACCAAUUCCCUAAAUUGCGGUGGAAAAAGAGACCUGAAUGAGAGAGUGAUGGAUGGAAUGAAGGACGAAUCUUAUGUUGGAGAGCAGACAGGAACCUGUAAGUCGAUGUGAUACGAUAGGAUGCAAUCCAAUUGCGAGUUCGAAAGAUUACAUAGGCAGCACUUAGGAUAAAACAGAAAAGAAACGAUGAGCCUGCAAUUAUCGGAAUUUCAGAAACAACUGUACAGUGACAAGCUUGUUAUAAAGGAGCCGAAUUCUGGCCUGCAAUUUUUUUUUUUUUUUUUUACUAUUUUAUUAUGUUGAAAUAGGUGAUGGUUGAAGGUUAUAAGGUUUAAUGCUUUAAAAUAGUAAAUAAAAGUUAGUUCCAUGCAGUUA